CUCUGUCCAGCGGGGGAUGAAGUCCUGCAAGCCCAGCAACCCGGCGGCGGGAGCGCGUGCCGCGCCCCCGUGCGUGGGCGGCGCCGAGUGCGCGGGCACGUGCGCCGGGGAGGGGCGGCUGGAGAGCGCGGCGCGCAGGCGCCUAGCGGCCAACGCGCGCGAGCGUCGCCGCAUGCAGGGGCUCAACACGGCUUUCGACCGUCUGCGCAGGGUGGUACCCCAAUGGGGCCAGGAUAAAAAACUGUCCAAGUACGAGACCCUGCAGAUGGCGCUGAGCUACAUCAUGGCUCUGACCCGCAUCCUGGCCGAGGCAGAGCGAUUCGGCUCCGAGCGGGACUGGGUCAAUCUCCACUGUGAGCACUUCGGCCGAGACCACUACCUUCCGGUCGCGGGCGCGAAGCUGCCGGGCGAGAGCGAGCCCUACGGCCAAAGGCUCUUCGGCUUCCAGCCCGAGCCCUUCCAGAUGGCCAGUUAGGACGCGCGACCCAGCCGGAAUGAGACGCCCAGUGAUCCGCGCUGUGGAGCCGUAACCUUCCCCCAAGUAGCUGGUCGGGUUACCGGUGGCUUGGGAUGCAUUCUUAGAAUAAAAUUAGCAAAUUUCCAGGUUACUUUUAUUCGCAUCCCCAGUCCUAGGGACGCAAAGACUUUAUUGCUUUUCUUUUAUUCCUCCUUAGUAUGUUGUAGAUUUCAUUAAUGGAUCUUGGAAUGCUUUGGUUGCUGAAAGUAAUGCCUCCUCCCCCUUUUCUGGACUACCUUGAGAGAAAACAAUCUUAAGAAAAAUAGGAUUAGGUUAUACUGCAGGUUUAGCCCUUACUUUCUUAAACUUUGUAAGUUUGUCCUGUUAGGGUGAAGUUACAGUAUCUAUUACUUGUGUAUACUUAAUAGAGAGCUGCCUUCCUGUCUUGUAAAUGCAGUUAUGCUUAGUGCAUUGUGUGUGCAUGCAUGAAGUAGUAGAAAGUUUUCUUCUUUUUUUUGGUAGAGUACAUGGGCGUGAGUGCUCUGUAUUUUUAAA